AUGGCAUACAGAUGUUCGGCAGAUGCGGUGGAUGAAUAUUUACGAUUGGCUGAAACAACCGCCCACAAAUGCCUUGAACAAUUUGUAGACGGAGUUAUCAAACUUUUUGGAGAUGAGUAUCUCAGAAGUCCUACAGCGGAAGACCUCCAACGAUUACUGAAUAUUGGGGAACAUCGCGGUUUCCCCAGAAUGGUAGGGAGCAUAGAUUCUAUGCAUUGGGAGUGGAAGAAUUGUCCCACGACAUGGAAAGGACAAUAUUCACGUGGAUCUGGAAAACCGACAAUCGUACUAGAGGAUGUGGCAUUGCAAGAUUUAUGGAUUUGGCACGCAUUUUUCAGACCACCAGAGGGUCGAGCUCCGAGAGUUACAUAUGUUGUCAAUGGACGGCAAUACAAAAUGGCGUACUACCUCACUGACGGUAUCUAUCCCAAAUGGGUAACUUUGAUCCAAUCAAUUACACUUCCACAUGGUCUAAAAGCAAAACUCUUUGCUCAAUGUCAAGAAUCAUGCCGAAAAGAUGUAGAGCGUGCAUUUGGAGUCUUGCAAGCUCGAUUUGCAAUCGUGAAGAAUCAUGCAUUUUUUGGGAUAAAGAAAAAAUAG